ACUAAUGCCAGUGAAUGGUUCACUACAGCAAGUGUGCCUGGUACAUUUGCUGCCAAUAUCUAUGAUCCUUGUUCACAGGCAGCUUUUCAAACUGAAAAAGACUCUAGUGCUGUUGAACAUGCAGUUACAGCAAGUGCAGUAGAUGCUUAUGCUAGCCCUGGGAAAGAUCUUUUUGACCCAUGUGAGGUGUUACCUCAAGUUUUUAUGGAUGUUUCUCAUGAUCCUUGUACUUCUGAACAGGUGCAAGAAGCCAUUCUGGGAGAUGAAUCUGCGAAUUCAGUGUGU